UAAUCUCAAAGGGACCUUUUCAACCAAGUAGUACCUACCGGUGUAGGUCUCACUUCUCGAUAUAUUACAACUACAAGGUCCAUACAUCCUCUAAGGAAAACAACAUAUUUUGAACAAUAUCUCCCUACAUCCAUUCUUCCUUCUUGUGUAUAACAACUAAGACUUGUCGAACUUAUCACCAUCGAUAAGAGCUUCGGUCCCAAGGCUAUUUUCAUUACUUAUCAGUUUAGCACCGACUAACUAGCCCAAGAAUCACUGCAUGAUACCUACCGAUUUACCGUGAGAGCGCCGGUCGAUAUGGCGUCUCCACCAGCACCUCUAGAAUUUUCUAACAAUCCCCUCUCCCUCACGAUUACUCCCAAUUCAGUACCACUAUCUGCCACUACGUUGUCGCAUACACGUCGAGCUUCUGAAGUUAAUUCCAUCAAACGUCGGAAAGCAAGUAUGAUAUCCACAACUUCAACCCACUCUGCACAUCCUUUACGUCAAACCUCCUUCCCUCCCGAAUCCGCUGUAUACACACCUGGAUAUGAACGUUCACCAAGUGUUGAUACUAUGUCCCUUGUAAGCGGGAGCGUCGCCGGUGGUCAAUCAAAAAGGAAACGCCCAAGAAAGUCGAAAGGUGGAAGGGGAGAUUUUGAGGGAUCUAAUGCUGGCGCGGUAAAAUCAGAAGGACCUUCCUCAAAGAAACGACGAACAUCAACUGGAAAUAUAGAAGACGAUGAGGAAGAUGACAACACUGUGGAUCAAACUAUGACAUCGAUGUCGUCUAGUAUCGAAGAAAAGCAACGGGAUAUACAACGAAGGGCCUUGCUGGCAAAUCAUUUGGAUCCAGAACAGUUUGAACGUUACACAGCUAUGAGAGCCGUAAAAUUUCCAGACGCCACCAUUAGGAGAAUUGUGAAUCAAACUCUUUCGCAAAGUGUGCCGGCUACCGUAAUUUUGGCGGUGAAGAGUGUGGCCAAACAAUUUGUUGGAGAGUUAAUUGAAGGUGCAAGAAAGAUACAAACACAAUGGAUUGCGGCUGGAGAACCGAACUCUGGAUUUGUCAUUUCAACAGCGGAGGACACGAAUACUGCUGACGGAGAAAAGACGGGCAGCAGCCAAGGAAUUGAGGAGGGCACCUUUGCAGGCGGAUCAUUUGAGGGAAGCAUUAAGAAGGUUGAGACAGGGCAAUGAAGAUGGAUUGGCUGGACAAUUGAAUUUAUGGCAAUUGCAACAGCAUAGUGGGGUUGAAAGGUUUGCUUCUAGGGUUGGAGGUAAGCGGCUUUUCAAAUGAAGAUGUUGUAGUACGGUUGUGUUUUUUUAUGCAUUCGAGCGAUAUGGAGUUGGGUUGAAAGUAUAGGAAGGUUUUAUUCAAUGGAGUUGAGACAAAAAGAUAUAUGAAUUAUAUAUUCAUAUUCAAUAUA